AUGAUCGACAAGAUCAAAGGAACACUACGUGUAUCUUUAAAAGUCGCUGACGGACGACUUAUCAUCCACUCAGUCCAGACAUUUGUUAAAGGCGUCGAAAACGUGUCGCGCAAAUCCAUAAACCAGCUUCGGAUAUGUCCACACCUGGAAUGGGCUCCUGAUCAUUUGUGCGAUGAGUGCCUCACCUCGUGGUCGCUAGUAGGUCAGUUCUUACGCGAUCGCAGCCGGGCCCAGAUAUACACAGAUCCAAACAGGGCGCUUGAACUCGCUUCCGUACUUGCUUUCCGCAACGGGCGUGAGACUUGCGGCUCUUGCGUCUUUUGCGAAACAGACUUUACUGUUCAAGCUUUUUCUGAAGGCACCAUAGUGCGUGUAUGGCAGAACCUUGGGUCGGAAACGACUUACUUGAAUAACAGUUCGUGGCAGUGGCAGACAGAUUUUCGCUAUAAUGAUGUCGUUUAUUCUCGGCCCGGUCGAAUUAGACAAUUAUACGACCAUGAAGCGAUCUGA